GCAUAAACUUUUAACACAACAAAGUCCUUCCCAGACCUUCCAAAUUCCAUGACUCUCUCUCUCCUCCGCACUUGUUUGCUUCUUCCAUCGCCUUUGGCGCGAAUCCACUCCAUCAAAAUAAUGCCCAUAACCAGACUCUCCUCUAAAGCCCUCCCCUCAAAAAGAGAAAUCACACCUUCAGAGCCCAACCCAGGUUCUGAAUCUUCCAGUGGAGUUUCUGUGCCAGAGGUUCGCGUAUUUGUUCGGAAGAAGAGAGCUAAAAAGGAAGUGCAAGUCUCGUCCAUUGAGCCUAAAACAGAACCUCUUGAACAGAAAUUAUGUGGCCUGCCCGACAUUGAAGACUUUGCCUAUGGGAAGGCCCAGAGUUUUUCUCGGCAAACAACAACGGCAGUAGCUUCCAAAGAUGUGUCUUCUAUGGAAAGCAAAUUUGUGCCUGGAAUUAGGUCAAAAGAUGAACCCCCUGCCAAUUGGGAAAAGGUCCUUGAAGGGAUACAAAAUAUGAGAUCUUCUGAAGGUGCACCAGUGGACACUAUGGGAUGUGAGAAAGCUGGCAUUUCUCUUCCUCCCAAGGAAAGAAGAUUUGCUGUCUUAGCAUCUUCACUGCUUUCGAGCCAGACCAAGGAUAAUGUUACUCAUGGAGCUAUUCAACGUCUCCUUCAAAAUGGUCUGCUUACUCCAGAUGCCAUUGACAAGGCUGAUGAAGCCACAAUCAAGAGCUUGAUCUACCCAGUUGGAUUUUACCCCAAGAAGGCUAGCAACUUGAAGAAAAUUGCAAAAAUAUGUCUCACAAAGUACGAUGGAGACAUUCCUAGUACGUUAGAGGAGUUACUUUUGCUCCCGGGUAUUGGUCCGAAGAUGGCUCAUCUGGUUAUGAAUGUGGGGUGGGACAAUGUUCAGGGGAUCUGUGUAGAUACUCAUGUGCAUCGUAUCUGCAAUAGACUUGGGUGGGUCUCACGGCCAGGCACAAAACAGAAUACUUCAACUCCAGAGCAAACGAGAGAGUCGUUGCAACUCUGGCUUCCAAAGGAACAGUGGGUUCCAAUUAACCCUCUUUUGGUGGGAUUUGGACAGACGGUUUGCACUCCUCUUAGACCGCGAUGUGGAAUUUGCAGCAUUAGUGAUUUAUGCCCGUCUGCAUUUAAAGAGACGUCAAGUCCAUCAUCCAAGGGAAAGAAGUACGAGAAAAACAAGAAGCGAUGAUGCGAUUGCUUUUGAAGUGAUGAAUCUCUUUCAUUUUUUUUUCAUCCCCAGUCUCCCAUCUUUAUUUGUCGUUCAAGACAAAGGAUGUCUUGUACCUCCUAUAUUUUUUGUUGGAUGGCAUUGGAAGCAUUUCGGAUUUGUUAUCAGGUGGGAUAAAAAAAAACUUUGGGAAGAUUCUAAUUGUAUGAUACUAAACAGUGUAAUUUCUAAAAAAUGUGAAAUUCAGAAAGCAAUGAAGCAUCUUUUUGGCAAAUUAA